AAUUUCAGCAGAAAACCUGACGAUUGCUCUAGAACCGGAAUGUGCGGCCAUCUACUGCAGUCAGCUCACACGUCAACAACUUGAAAUCGAUGGCGAUGGAGGAAAACUGCAGUACAUCGCGGCCCCGGACUCCGUGCUAAUGUUGGUCGACAUGGGAGGAGGUACAGUUGAUGUCACCACGGUUCGCGUUGGCAAAGGGGGACAACUGGAACAUGUACAGAUGUCAGGUGGCGGACCAUGGGGCGGUAUGAGGAUCGAUGACAAGUUCUUCACGAUGCUUAGAUACCUAAUUGGCCAAGACGUCGUGGACAAAUUUGUGACAGAGAAUGAAAUGGAUUACUUCGAUCUUAGGAUGGACUUCUAAACACAAAAAAGAGAGGUCAAACACCCAAGUGACUCGGAUUCCAGCCCACGAUUUCGACUCCGAAUUCCUGAUUCACUGAAAACUUUGUGGGAAAAGAAAACAAACAAAAAUAUUUCAGACAUUAUGAAACAAGAUCACAUGAGGGAAAAAGAUAUAAAGUUUGCAAAUUCGCGCCUAUCAUUUCCAAUAAAAAUCAUCCAGGAAAUGUUUGAUGAAGGUGUACAAGAAAUUUUGAAUUUCACAAAUAAGAUCCUUGUUUCCCCCCAAGUUAAAGGAUUGCCUAUUACAGCGCUGAUAGUUGUCGGAGGUUUUGCGAUGAUGAGCUAUGUGAUAAAGGCAUUGAGGCAGGAGCUUGGUGAAAAGAACAUCCCGGUCGUUCGUCCUCAGAUCACGGAGUUGGCCGUCUUGCUCGGUGCAGUUCUUUUCGGACAUAAGGAGGACAUCAUAACUUCCCGAAUAAUGCCGUACACGUAUGGCGUGUCGUGUACCAUGGAAUUUAAUGCGGAAAAACACAGUACUGAACACAGAUUUGAAGACGGCGGGAGGUUUUGGGCAUAUAAUUCGUUUCGGAAACACGUUACUCGCGGCCAGGCUGUAAAACUUGGAGAAUGGAUCGUGGACAAGGAUUACUUCCCUGAAGGUGAGGACCAAACGUCGGCGACUGUCUACGUCUUUGCCUCCGACAAAACGGAUCCCAAUCACAUUACUGACGAAGGGUGUCAGUUCGUUGGUCAGUUCCACGUGGAGUUUCCGAGAACUGUAGCUAAACCGAUGGCAAGAAAGGCGGUUACAGUAGCCAUGCGAUUCGGAGGCACGGAGUUAGAGGUUAAAGCUACAAGUAGUGACGGGAAAACAUACAAGAAAAAAAUAACAUUUUAAACUAUAUAAAAUGAAUUUUGUAAAAAAAAUGACGCUUAAAAGCACAGAGGUGUGUCG